CAACACAUUGCCACCGCAUUCGUCACUGUUUAAUCGCUGAUUCAUCAAAACCAAUUUGAGUUCUUCGACCUCAUAAAAAUAGCCUCAAGAAAAUAUUAAGAUUAUAUUUUUAAAUAAAUUUAAAAUAUCCAAGAAAUUUAAAUUUUUAUCUUCAUGAUAGGAUUAGGUUAAUAUUAAAAAGAAAAAAAAAAUAUUGAUGUGUUUUGUUUUUGACAUAAACAGUCAGUUAUCUUUAAUCACUGUUGUCAAAAAUUUUUGCCAGCCAUCUUUGAUAUUUUUUUUAACCUCAAGAUAUAUAAACAAAAAAAAUAAAAAAUGCAAAGAGGGUGAGUACGGUGGCCAAGUUUGUUGAAGAAUAAAAAAUUUAUAAUAAAAAAAAAAUAAAAAGCCACGACGAGCACACACCGACCACAACAUAUAAAGUGAAAAAAAAAAGGGAAAAAUCAAGAGCAAACUCUUGAAGGAAGAUGAAAUAAUAAACGAGGAUAAAAAAUAAAUAUUUGUGGUGUAAAAAGAGAGACACAAGUGUACAUAUAUACAAGAGAGGAAAAGAUGAAAUAAAAAAAAAAAUAUCAUAUAUAUGGAAGCUGCAAAGAAAAGAAUAAGAAAGAAGAAAAGAUGAGGUAAAAGAGGUAAAAAAAAAAAGGUGUACCAAACGAACGCAUGUUGAAGUGCACGCGAGUACGUGAAAGUCACCGGCAAAGUUUCAGGGUCAUUUUGACCCACCUCGUCUUCUUCUUCUUGUUGUAUUUUUAUUUAUUUUUAUUUAUUCUUUCUUUUUUAAACAUAAAAAUAUGGGGGGAGACCCGUUGGUCUCUCCUGCUGCUUGGGUUUUGGUUCUGAUCAACUAGUGGAUUCGGUGAUUCAGCCUCAGACUGAAACGAUCACAACGUCGUGGUGUUUUUUUAUUUUUUUUUCUACAAAUAAUAUUUCAUAAUAUAACAAGAAACAAGCAAAAAGUGUUAAAAUUAAUAAUAAAAAUUGUGUUGUUUUUGAUUAAAAAAAAAAAAAAAAGUGAGUUAAAACACAAAUAUGAGUUCAAAAUAUUGGAAUACAUGGUCAAAAGAAGAGGAAAAAGUACGUUCAUCAAUAUUACCAAAAAUUCAUCAUGAUAAAAAAAAUUAUGAUGAUAAUGCUAAAAUAAUAUCUAAAAAAAAUGAUACUGUUAUUAAUAAUGAAAGUGAAAAUGAUGAUGAUUAUUUAAUAAGAAGAAGAAGAAAAAAAAAAUGUGAUUUAUAUACAACAACAUGGUUAGAAAAAACAAAAGGUGCUGGAGGUAUUAUAAUUGACAAUGUAGACAGUGACAACAACAAAUUCAGUGAUGUGAGACUGAUGAACGGAAAAUCAAACAACAGUUUUAUGAAACAGGUCAAGCGAUUCAAUGAAAAAUCAGGAUGCCAUGACGCUGAUAAUGACGACAACGAUGAUGAUGAUGAUGAUGAUGGUGAUACCAAUUCAAUAAAUAAUAAUAAAAUACAACAAAAUGAUUAUAAUAAUGAAUUUUUGCUAAGUUAUAAUAUUGGAAAUUGUGAAACAAGACAAGAUUAUCAUCUAGUCAAUAAAAAUUAUAAAAAAAAAAAUAAAAUUAAUGAUAUAGAUAUUGAAUUAAGUAGAAAAAAAUCAGUUAGUCCAGUUGGUUUUGAUGAUAAAAAAUUUGAUAGAGCAACAAGACGUGAUAUUAAAAAUCAGCAAUUUAAAUAUCAAGAUGUUCAAGAUGUUCAUGAUGAUACUGAUGAUGAUGAUGAUGGUGCAAAGUGUCUUCAAAAAAAUCAACAAUUGUUGUAG